AUGUUGCAUACAGUCAGUGAGUGGCUGUGGUGGGAGCGUAUGUGGCUGCCAGAAAAAGUCUCCUGGUCGGAUCUGGAGGACAGUGAAGGUCGUGUUUACGCUAAAGCCUCUCAGCUCUACGCUGCUCUGCCCUGCGCCCUCUGCCUGCUCCUCGUCAGAUUCCUGUUUGAGAGGUACCUGGCCACACCGCUGGCUGAUCUUUGGGGAGUCAGGGACCAUGUUGGUUUCACAGCAGAGACAAACCCUGUCCGGGAGAAGCACUUCUGCAGCCAAGCACGGGUUCUUUCACAGGCUGACUUGAGGUCUCUUUGUAAGAAGACCAGCUGGCCAGAAAGGAAAGUUCAAGUUUGGUUCAAGAGGAGGAACCAGGAGCGCCCAGGAUUUAAACCUUGGCUUUUUAACCUGAAAGAGGUUUGGGCAGGCUUUCCUAAACAGUCCAUGCUCCCAUCUCAGUACUAUUAUUACCUCUUGGAAAUGGGCUUCUAUCUUUCUCUGCUUCUUAGCCUAACAUUUGAUGUGAAACGGAAGGACUUUAAAGAGCAGGUGACUCAUCACAUAGCCACACUGACUCUUCUGAGUUUCUCCUGGAUUUCAAACUACAUCCGGAUAAGAACUCUUGUGAUGGCCUGUCAUGACUCCGCUGACAUACUGCUAGAGGGUGCCAAGGUGUCUAACUAUGCAAAGUGGCAACGGACUGCUAACACCAUGUUUGUGGUGUUCACAGCUCUCUUUACGCUGACAAGACUUGUCAUUUUUCCUUUUUGGCUGAUCCACUGUACAUGGGUGUACCCACUGGAGGAGUUUGCUCCCUUCUUCGGCUAUUACUUCUUCAAUGUGAUGUUAUUGGUUCUUCAGAUACUCCACCUUUACUGGGCUGUUCUCAUAUUGCGAAUGCUUCUUAAGUUAAUAUUCAUUAAGCUGGAAGGUGACGAUCGGAGUGAUGAGGAGGAUGACAGUGAUUCACCAAAGGAAAGAAACAACAAAUUGAGUCACAUUAAUGGCUCUGGAACCAGAGGCCGGGGGGCAAAUGGUCACUGACACAUUUACUGACAAAAGGAGAUGGACAAAAAGGGAAAUGAACAGCAGAAGACUUAUUCAGUGUGCAGCAGCUGGAAUCUAAUGGCACUUCAGAAAGGAGUAAAUACACUUAAGCAGAAAUAAUUAUAUGCACAGGAACUGUGAAGGAUUGUAG